AUGGUUCGGGCAGUUAUGGAGACUUAUGAAGGUGUAGAGGCGGUGGUUACGGAGGAAGGUGUUAGAUCUGGUGUUUUUGAGGUAAAAGUUGGUGUUCAUCAAGGUUCAGUCUUGUCGCCGUUACUGUUUGCUUGUGUGAUGGAUGUACUGACAGAGGAAGUGAGAAGAAAAGAAGGAUGUUUGUUGUAUGCAGAUGACAUUGUCUUGGUGGCGGAGUCGAAGCAGAAAGUCAUGGAAUGGUACCGAGAAUGGAAAACGGCAAUAGAAGUCAAGGGACUGAAAGUGAAUGAGGCAAAGACGAAGGGCAUGAGAUGCUCGAGGCAGGUGGAGGCGAAGGACAGUGAUAAAUGGCCAUGUGGUGUGUGUGGGAAAAGAGUUGGAGUGAAUUCGAUAAUGUGUGGGAAAUGCAGUAAGUGGGUUCAUGGAAGAUGUUCAGGUGUCCGUGGUGCAUUGACAAGAGUAACUGAUUUUGAGUGCGGGACGUGUCGAAGUGGUGGGCGAGUCACGAUUGAACGGUUUGAACUGGAUGACGUGAGUUUGGAAGGUGUAUCGGAGUUUAAAUAUCUAGGCGAUGUGUUAAAUGAUGGUGGAGGGUGCGAGCAAGCAGUGAGGAACAGAGUUCAAGCAGCGUGGUAUAGUUUUAGAGAGUUGUCGGGAAUGUUGUGCGGAAAGUCCAUUUCGUUGAAGCAGAAAGGAGAAUUGUAUAAGGCAUGUGUUAAAAGUGUUUUGGGAUAUGGAGCAGAGUGUUGGGCGCCAAAAGCAGAGGACCUGAGAAGAUUGGCGUCGACGGAAAGGAGAAUGCUUAGGAUGAUGUGUGGAUAUCAAGAAAUUGCAUCCUCGUUGGGUUUUGUCUAG